AUGGAGCUCCUGUUGAAUGGGAAUGUCUUUGGUCAAAUCCCGAUGGGUAGAGGACUGCGGCAAGGUGAUCCAAUUUCACCAUUCCUGUUUAUUAUCUUGAUGGAACUUCUUUCAAAAAUGCUACUUAAAUGGGAAAGGAAUGGGAAAAUCAAUGGCGUUAAGCUUGGCAGACAAGCCCCGUCGAUCACCCAUCUUCUGUUUGUUGACAACUUACUGAUUUUUUGUCAGGCUAAUAUGGACGAGGUCAAGAAUGUGUAUCGGUGUCUUCAAUUGUUCUGUAAAUGGACUGGGCAAGCUUUCAAUAAGGAGAAAUCUGGCUGUUUUUUCUCUAGGAACGUUACUCCAAAAAGAACACUAGAUAUUAAGCGGUGCUUAGUGAAACGGAAUGGAAGCUGGUUGGCGAUGGUUGCCCGUGAUGUAAGUGGAAAGGUGAUCCAUGUUCAAGCCUUCAAGUCCUUGUCAAAUAUUCUGGAAGUGGCUGAAUUGGAGGCGAUUGGAAAGGCAUUGAGAGUGGCCAAAGAUCAAGGAUGGUCGAAGGUGAUAAUGGAAUUUGAUGCUCAAAUAGUGGUGCAUGCACUAAAUAGAAAUGAUAGAUUAUCUCUGCACUAG